AUAUCCCAACCUGUCCUACCAACAGUAAAAGAACAGAGAAAAAGAGACGAGUGGUUCUGCUCCGUUACUUCCUGCUACUCUGGUCGGCGAAGAUGACGACGACGACGUCUCUUUCCGAACUUGACGAUGAUUUAGUUCGCAGCAUGUCCAUAGGAGCCGUUUUCUCCGACUUCGGUGGGAAAAUACAUUCGAUUGAUUUCCAUAGAACGGAUGAUUUACUUGUCACGGCAAGUGAGGAUGACACAGUGCGACUAUACGACAUCGCUAAUGCUAAGUUGCUGAAGACCACUUAUCAUAAGAAACACGGUACCGAUCGUAUAUGUUUUACUCAUCAUUCGAGCUCUGUUAUAUGCUCUUCAAAGUACAAUUUGGAGUCUACUGGAGAAUCAUUGUGGUAUUUAUCAAUGUAUGAUAAUCGCUGCCUACGAUACUUCAAAGGGCAUAAGCAGAGAGUUGUUUCUCUCUGCAUGUCUCCAAUCAAUGAUAGCUUCAUGUCUGGUUCUCUAGACCACAGUGUCAGGAUAUGGGAUCUUCGAGUAAAUGCUUGCCAGGGCAUUUUACGUCUUCGUGGUAGACCUGCUGUUGCCUAUGACCAACAGGGCCUGGUCUUUGCUGUAGCAAUGGAAGGGGGAGCUAUUAAAUUGUUCGAUUCUCGUUCAUAUGACAAGGGUCCCUUUGACACCUUUCUAGUUGGUGGUGACACAUCUGAAGUUUGUGAUAUCAAAUUUAGUAAUGACGGCAAAUCAAUGCUUCUGACUACUACCAAUAACAAUAUUUAUGUUCUUGAUGCAUAUGGAGGAGAGAAGCGCUGUGGAUUUAGUUUGGAACCGUCUCCUGGUACUCCAAUAGAGGCUACAUUUACCCCGGAUGGAAAGUACAUGGUGGCAGGGUCAGGAGGGGGAACCAUGCAUGCUUGGAGUAUUGAGAUGAAAAAUGAGGUGGCAUGUUGGAGCAGCCAUAUUGGCGUGCCGUCGUGCUUGAAGUGGGCCCCUAGCAGGGCCAUGUUCGCUGUUGCUUCAAGUGUUCUCACGUUUUGGAUACCCAAUAAUGAUUCAAAGCUGAAAACCGAGUAUGGUGGCACAGACAUUGAAGCUGGAGCUCCGCCCCAGCCACUUCUCCAUUGAACUUGAAUAUUUUCUUCCUCUCCCAGCCUAAGCUAAAAUUUUGUUGUUUUGUCUAGAAAUUAACUAUUGCGUUCUGUAUUUGGCAAGCUUCUUAGUUUGUAUACAUUUCAAGAAAAUUUUGAAGAAGCUCGAGGAUGUUGUCAAUUGUAUAUUCCAUCACAAAAUGCAAAUUAUUUCCAUGUUUUAGCAAUACAUUGAAUGUUAUCUAUUGGUUAGACGUUUUAAU